AUGAUUAGAAGAAGAAUCUCUUCGAUCAUAUCAACAUCUCUCAUCAAUUCAUCGAUUCAUCACACCGCCAAACCCAGAUUCAUCUCUUCCCCACUUCUGCAAUGCCGUCAAUCUCCGAUGCUCACUCAAAUUCCUAGCUUGGCGAGCAGAGCUUCAUCGUUUCAGGGAAUCAGGUCUUACAGUUUAUUGAGCUUGAACGAUCUGAGAGACAAUGUGCCCAGAAAACUCAAGACGAGGAAAGGAAGAGGUAUUGGGUCUGGUAAAGGUAAAACUGCUGGAAGAGGUCACAAGGGGCAAAAAGCCAGAGGAACGAUGAAGUUUGGAUUCGAAGGUGGACAGACUCCACUACGACGCCGUUUGCCCAAACGUGGCUUCAAGAACAAAUUUAAGCUCCAUUUCCAGCCGGUUGGUCUAGGAAAGAUCGCUAAACUUAUAAACGCUGGGAUGAUAGAUUCUCAUGAAUUGAUCACAAUGAAAACGCUCAAGGAUGUGGGAGCUAUAGGAAAGCAAAUAGAAGACGGAGUAAGACUAAUGGGUCGUGGUGCUGAUGAGAUCAAAUGGCCACUCCAUUUCGAGGUUUCGAGAGUGACGGUUAGGGCCAAAGAGGUGGUGGAGGCAACGGGAGGAUCAGUGAGAAGAGUGCAUUACAACAAAUUGGGUUUGAAGGCAUUGCUGACACCAGAAUGGUUUGAGAAGAAAGGAAGGUUGUUGCCUAGAGCAGCGAGACCUCCUCCCAAACAACAAGAUAGGGUUGAUAGUAUCGGACGUCUUCCCGCUCCAAAGAAACCGAUUCCGUUUUUUGCAGCUGAGGAGAACAAAGUUGAGACUCUUGUUGAAUCUUGA